CGUAAGUAGCGCCUAAAGUUGGUAGGACAUAAAAUAUCACCAUUCUCUACAAUGACCACUUAGCUAAUCCUCUCUCUCUGUCUGUCUGUCUCUUCUUGUCCUGCUAAUUGUAAUUAUUAUGUGGUAAUUAAGCUUCUUCUUGUUAAUUAUCUUUGAAUUUGUCAUAUCAUAUGUACACUGUUUGAACAAGAACAAGAAAAAAAAAAAAAGGACAGAGAGAAGGGAAAAUGUUCAGGUUGCACAAGAAUAAGGCAGCAAAGUCAGGAGAAAGAAUUGAUUUCAAGUUUUCUCAAUUUAAAGCAUUACAGGUGCCAAAAGGAUGGGACAAGUUAUUUGUAUCUAUAAUCUCGGUAGAGACUGGAAAAACAAUUGCAAAGUCUAGUAAAGCUUCUUCAAGAACUGGUACUUGUCAAUGGACAGAGACUGUCUCAGAGUCUAUUUGGGUUCCUCAACAUGUUCAAUCUUCUUCUUCAAAGGAGCUUGAAGAUUGCCUUUACAAGCUUGUUCUUGCCAUGGGAUCAUCUAGAUCAGGCAUUCUUGGAGAAGCUUUAAUUAACAUGGCAACAUAUAUGAGUUCAAGUGAUCCUGUUCAAGUUUCAUUCCCAUUGAAAAAGUGCAAUCAUGGGACUAUUCUACAACUCAAGAUUCAGUGCCUGACACCAAAGUUAAAUCUUAGGGAUAGUGAAUCAAAAGAAACAAAUUCCCAUACGGAAGAUCUUAACACAAACUCUCAGGACGCAGAAAUGAAAUCAGAUGAGUCUGAUAAUUCAUUAGCAAAGAGUGCAAGAUCGUACUCUAGUAGAGAUUUAGGCUCUGCACAUCAAGGAGACAAUGGAACGAAGGGAGAGGGAGGUGUACUUCAAGAAGAGGCAGGUUUGUCUAGUUCUUCACAGCAUAGCUAUAACUCGGCAGAAAAUUCCAUUGGCACAGAGAGUUUUUUUCCAAGUGGUGAACAUACCCUCAUUGCAAGACAAGAAUCAACUAGCUCCCAGAAUAGUGUACCUCCAGGAAGUUAUAAUGCUGAAGAUGCUUCUCAAUCAGAUAAUUCAUCAUUUAACUCGCGGAUUACGCAUUCAGAAAACCUUUCUGCGGAUGACCCUCAAGAAUUUGCUGCACAAUCUUUGAGAAUUUCAGGUUCAUCUAAAAGCCUACUUGAAGCUGCAGAAGCUACCAUCAAAGAUCUUCGUAGCGAAGCUAAGAAGUGGGAGAAGAAUGCAAGGAAAGCAAUGCUUGAUUUGGAAAUGUUAAGGAAAGAACAUACUGAGCAGUCCAAAUAUAAGGUAAAUUUGGAUAUGCAGCUUUCUGCAGCAUAUGCAGAACGCGAUGGAUUGCAAAAGGAAGUUGAACAGCUGAAGCUGUUGCUAGAGAAGUCAAAGGUGAAAGCAGGAGGCUUGGAGGAUUCAACAUUUCAAGAUGAAGGAGUAACCAAUGUUAUAAAAGAAUUGGAAGAUGAGAUUAAGUUUCAAAAAGAGUCUACUGCUAAUCUCAGUUUGCUGUUGAAUAGGAGUCAGGAGUCUAAUGUUGAGCUUGUUUCGGUUCUUCAGGAGCUUGAAGAGACUGUGGAAAAGCAGAAAGCUGAAAUAGAGAAUCUUUCAACUCUACAAUCAAAAUUCAGUGACAUGGAAAGUUCUAUACAGGUUAAUGUGUUGCAGAUGCAAAAAUUGCAAGAAUCAGAAAAGAAUUUGCAAGCUCAAGUGCAAGAACUGGAAAAAGCAUUGGAGGAAAUAGAUGGAAGUGAGAGAGUUCUGAUAACAGAAAUUGAAACACUGAAAGCAAAACUGCAGGAAGUAGAAAGUGAUUGCCAAGAGCUAACAGAAGAAAACCUUGAGCUCUUAGUCAAGAUUAAGGAAAUGAGGAACAAUUCUGCACAAGUAAGUGAGCAUGAAUCCCAAAUUCACGACCUUGAAGAGAAAAUCAGGAGGAAAGUUGUUAAGGAGAUUGAAGAUGACUACAAUCUUUCAAUUCAAGAACUUGAGAAUCUGAAAUAUGAGUUGGAAAGUACAGUUACUGAACUGAGUGAAAAAAGAGAGGAGAUAGAAAGACUUGAGACUGGUUUAUUGUCAAAAGAAGAAGAAAUUGGAAAUCUUAAAAAUUACCAAAGGAAAUUGGAAGACAAGCUCUCUGUCCUUCAAAGAGAGAAAAGCCAACUAGAGGAAAAUGUGGAAAUUGUCAUUAGAGAAAAUGAUAUUGCUACGAAAUGCUUGAAUGACUUGCGAAAGGAUUUGAUGGUGCUUGGCAGCAGUGUGGAUACUAAUGUUUCUGCCAACAAAACUCUAGAGAGGAAAAGUAGCAAGCAAAAUUUCAAGAUCCAUUUAUCUGAACUAGAGCAGGAAAAUGGAGACCUAUUAGCUUGCAUAUCUGGCUUGGAAACUCAGAUAAGAAACUUAACAGAUGCGAACAAGUCAAUGGUAUUGGAGCUACAGGAUUCCAAAUUUAAUGUAGUCAAGUUUCAAGAUGAGACUGCAAAGUUGAGAAAUGAGAUGGAGACUCAGAAAAUGGAUGCGGAGAAGAAGCUAGAAGAAAUGCAUGAUCUUAUGGAAGAAAGCAGUUCACUUCAGAAAUCAAAUGAAGAGUUGAAAAAGCAGAAGUUAGAACUGAAAGGGCAUUGUGAUCGCUUGGAGAUGAAAUUGAAAGAUUUGCACAGAAAUUUUGCAGAUUGCUCCAAAAGAGUAAAUGUUUUGCAAGAAAACAUUUCUUCAUUACUAGAAGAUAGUGCCUCAAAGGAGAGAAGCCUGACUUCGGAAAUAGAUGCACUUCUCAAGGAAAAUGAGAAACAGAAGAAGAAACUUAGUGAAUUAGACCAGAUGCAUUUCGAGAAGAUGGUUCAAGUUGAGAAUCUUCAAAGAGAAGUUGGAGAACUUUACAAGAAACUCUCUGUAACUGAAGAAGAAAGAGAUAGAAUAGCUAGUGAUUCUGCGAAUGAAGCAUCUAGUUUACGCAAAAAUAUAACUAAGCUAGAAUCAGAACUCCAUGCCUCACAGACAGAAUCCAAGGAGAAGAUUCAAGACUUGAUGGAUGAGCUUGCUUCCUCGAAACAAAACCAAGAAAUGCUAAAGGCUGAUAAUGGAAAGAUGUUGAAGUUGUUGGAGAAUUACAAAUUGUGUGAAGAAAAAUUUAAGACCGCUCUCAAUGGUGUUGAGCUAAAGCUUACAGUAUCUGAGUACGAGAAGCAACAACUUAUUGAAGAAUCUACCAAUUUGAAGGCGCAGUUGCUGAAAAUUGGAACCCUUCAGGAUGAAGUGUUGGCUUUGAAGAAUGAAGUGAAUGCGAUCAAGACUGAGAAAGAGAAACUAGAAAUUUCAUUGAAUCUAAAAGCUGAAGACUGUAAAGAGUUGAAUAUAGAGAAGAAUUUGUUUAUCGACAAAAUCACUGACUUGCAGAAGACUAUUUCUGAACUAGAAGAAUUCAAAGAAGAUAAUCUUUCCUUAGAAGAAAAGAUUCAGAAGUUGGAGAGUGAACUAAUUGCAAAAGAGUCCUUAUGUGAACAAGAUGCAGAUGUUAAAAAUGAGCUCAACCAUAUCAAGAGAGCAAAUAAGCAACUUCAACAGCAGAUACAACAACUGGAGGAGGUGAAAGAAAAAAGCACAAGAAGAAUUCAAAUUCUUGAAGAAGAAUUAAUCAUAUUGAAGGAAAAACAGCGUAAUCCGAGGAAAAAAGAAGGUGAUAAUCCUGUGCUUGAAGAUGAACUAUCCAAGGCUAUGGAAGCAAAUAAUGCAUUCAAAGUUCAGGUUAAAAGGUUAACUGCUGAGAGCCGGAAAGGUCGAACAGGAUCACCAAGAAAAUCAAAAGCAGAAAGUGAAGUUGUUCCAAAAGAAAAAUUUGAACGAACAAAAUCAUCAUUGGAGACAGAGUUAAAAGAGCUUAGGGAACGCUACUUCAACAUGAGCCUUAAAUAUGCUGAAGUAGAAGCUCAAAGGGAAGAGCUUGUGAUGAAGCUUAAGGCAACUAAUAAUGGAAAGAGAUGGUUCUAAUUAAUUUUAGGAGAUUUUUCCAAUUUUUACCUUUAUAUGUACAUUUCAUUUUUGUAGAUAUAAAAUAAAAAUUCAAAGGUUAGCUGACAGAUUUUGAGAUCAGUUAAUAAAAAUUGUCUGCAGCUAAUUUUCCUUUCUGUCAGGUUAGAAUUUUGAUUUUCAUUGAUUUGUUGUUUUUCAAUUUGGAAGUUGGUGAUCUCAUUCUGUGAUA